AUGAUCGCGCCGUAUCAUAUCCACAGAUGCGGCCACCUGGCUGGCCUAGGCUUGGAUGUCCCCCUCUCGCCGUGGGAAGCAGACCUGCUGCACGCUUCAUCUGGCGCCGCUGGCUCGAGUGCGACACUGACGAGGGAGAUUGUCAAAACUGGUGAUAAGCACGAAACCGAGAUUGUCUCUGAGGGCGGAGGGCUUGGUCUGUCGGCAGCCUACCUGCUUGCCUCCCCGCCCGCGUGGGACGAAGGGGAGUGUGAGCAGUACCUAUCCCAAGAGCUGGGUGAAGAGAAGGAGCUUUCGGAUAGAGAAGAGGCCAUGAAGACUGCGAAAGCCCAGACUGAGUCAGCUCAGGGAGGUUCGGAGCACGGGGAAAGUGGACCUCCGGAGGAAGCUUCCUCAAAUGCUAUGGAUGAGUACAGGCGGCGUGCUGUGGUGAUGUGGGCGGUGGGUGAAGCGACGGUGAAUGAGGUGGUGGAGGGCUGCUCGGCCGAAGGGGGUGGUGGGAAGGAGGAGGUUAACAGGGAGGGUGAUGGAGAAAACAUCAGUGAAGGGGGGAAUGUUGGGCAUGCUUGGCAGCAGAGGUGCUGCUGCUGCAUUCGAUGCUUUGAUUCCCCACACCGCUUCUCUGCACUUAAUUCUGCUACUCUCACUGCUGCUACUGCUGGGUUCCAUGCUGCUCCUCCCCCCACUGCUACUGCUGACGGUGCGUGUAAACCUGCUGCUCUCUCCUCUGCUGUCGUGGCCAGUGCCGCUGUCUCCGAUGCCACUGCUGCUUUUUGCAAGCUCAUGAGGCAAACGUCGCUCUGCCCUGGCCCUGCUGAGCCAAUGAGGGAUGAGCCACUUUGCACCAACCCUGUUGUCUCUGAUGCCACUGCUGCUUUCUGCAAGCUGAUGAGGGAAACAUCUCAUUGCGACGACCCUGCUGAGGCGACAAGGGAAGUGUUGCCGUGCGCUGACCCUGCAGCACCGAGCCUGCGGAGCAAGCGACCGAGGGAGGGCUGCGCUGGUCGUGCUGCAGCUCCACCAGUGCCAGGCUGCACCAUGCAGCGGCCACAGUCGCUGGAGAGUGGCUGUGCACGGCAGGGGAAGAGGAGCCGCGUGCAUCCAGCACCGUGGCCUCAUGUUGGGUCGGAGAGUGCCCUUCCAGACGACGUGCUGCUGGGGUUCAGCAGCGGGGAGGCAGGCUACGGCUCUGGGGAGCCAGGCACCGCAACAUACAGACGCCUGUUCUGCCCACAGCCUCAUGUCACAGGGCUGCCUGCUGCUCUCUUCUUCCCCACGCACCCGUGUUUCCGCUUUGCCUGCCUGGACCUGCCACCCACGUUCCAGUGGCCCUGUGUGCCCCCGCCGCCCGCGUGCCCGUGGGGAGAGAGCUGCAGGGACGAGGGCUGGCAGCCUCCCUGUCCGAGGCAGCGCUGCUGGACUGGCCUCUGGAGCAACAAGGGGCCAGGGAGGGAGGGGCUCAACUGCAGUCAGAUUCUUGCGAGCUGGUAA